AUGAAGAUAGCAGAGACACUCCUGGCUCUCUCCCUCCUCUAUGUCUGCUCUUCGGUCCCCAUCAGCCGCCCCACCAACUGGCUCAGGCAAUGUCGCGCCUCCUCCAACCUCUCCAUCACAGCACUGGAGGUGCUGCCGGGCGGAGGCUGGGACAACCUCCGCAACACGGACGCAGGUCGAGUCAUGAACCUCAGCUACUUCCAGUGCCAGAGCACCGAGGACGGGCUUUAUCUCAUCCCAGAUGAGGUGUUUGUCAUCCCCCACAAGGAGACGGGCAUUGAGGUGAUCUCUGAGAUAAUCAGCUCCUGGCUGGAGCAGAGAAGCUUGACAUCUCAUUCCAUAAAUGCAGAGAGUUCCUUCUUCUCGGUGCUGAAUGGCAAAUUUUCGACAGAGAACCAGAGGAUGAAAACCCAUCAGGUCAAAGACUCUUCAAUCACAGCCAGAGUGCAAGUUCGUAACUUCAUCUACACAGUUAAGGUGUUUCCAGACUUCACUCUGGACACACGCUUUUCCCAACAAGUCAAAGAGAUAGCCGAUGCAAUUGAAAACAACCAAACAAGGAACGUAGUCUAUCUCUCAGAGAAGAUGGUGCUGGACUAUGGAACCCACGUCAUCACCAGUGUUGAUGCUGGGGCCACUUUGGUGGGGGAAGACUACAUCCAUUCUUCAAAUGUGUCCGACAGUGCAUCGGACAGUUCCUCUGUCAAAAUGCAAGCAGGCUUAAACUUUUUUGACAAGAUCAAGUUUGAAAUAAGCAGUCAGAAUACCCAACAGAGCCCCUCUCUUCUAACAUAUCAGUCCAAGAUUCAGUACUCUCUUAUUCAAAGCCAUGGCGGGGGCACGCCUUUCUAUCCUGGCAUCACACUGCAGAAGUGGCAGGAAAGUACCAAGAACAACCUGGUUGCUAUUGAUCGGUCGGGAUUCCCCUUGCACUACUUCAUAAACAUCAACACCUUGCUCGAUCUGCCACCACCUACGGUGGACAAAGUGGCUCUUGCGGUGAGUCAGGCUGUGAAGCGAUACUACAUGGUCAACACGCGACCAGGAUGCGUCGACGUCAAAUCCAAGAACUUUAACUUCCAAGCCAACAUUGAUGACGCAUCCUGCGAGGGCCCCGCUACAAACCUCAGUUUUGGUGGCGUGUACCAAAAGUGUACUUUUAUCAGCUCAGAUGCAGGUCCACUGUGUGAUGCUCUGGCCCAGAAAAACCCACAAACAGGGAACUUUUCCUGUCUUUCGCCUUACUCUGCCACUUUACUGAGAUCGGAGGUGAGACAGCAGGGUUACACUACCUACGACUGCCACAACCAAGGCUCUAAAUGUGGGUUUCUUUGGCUUUCACAUUGCGAUAGUCCAGUGUGUCAGGACAACUACCACGUUCGCUCUGCACGCAUCGACACCUACUGGUGCUCUGUGAGCGGAAAGGCCCCAGACAACUCAGGGUAUCUGUUCGGAGGCAUGUACAGCCCCUCCCUCCUGAACCCCCUCACCAAUGCAAAAAGCUGUCCCACAAGUUUCAUUCCAGUGAAGUUUCUCUCGGAUGGCCAAGUGAUCUGCGUGGGUAAGGACUAUGAAAUCGGCAGCAGAUACUCAGUGUCAUUCGGAGGCCUCUUCAGUUGUCAGUCAAACAACCCGUUGGCAAAUAAUCAACGCCGCUGCCCUCCUAAGUUCAGCCAGCACCUCGCCGCAGUGAGCGACGGCUGUGAAAUCCUUUACUGUGUCCAGUCAGAUCUGUUCACAGGUGGGCAGCUGCUUCCGAUCCGUCUGCCACCUUUCAUCAAGCCUCCACUUGUCAGCAUGCAAGCCACAAAUACAGUCAUGGUCAUGACUGAUGGAGAUAUGAGCUGGAUCAGAGUGGGGAAGACCAAGGCGUGGAAGCUGGCCAAACCAGAGGAAAUCAAGGCAAUGAUUGAGAAGCUUAACCCCGAAUCGCGUCAGAUGUCUGGAGGCGAAAAGGCCGGGUUAGCCUUCGGGCUGAUUAUCAUAGCGCUGGUGGUCAUAGUGGCAGUAGUCCUCCUGGUGAAGAAGAGGAGGAGGAGGAGGCUGGGAGCUGAAAGCAAUGAGGAAAUCCGUAAUGCGGAUUAUUGUAAUGAACAAGAUGGCCUUUGAGGACGGCCGUUUGUCAGUCGGGUUGUAACCCAGCUCGAUCUUAACAUGCACCACAUGGCGAUUGAUUAAAAGCUCUUACAAAUUUGGCAAAAACAGUGCCUCCGACCUGCUUUAAUUUUUUAAAGUCCACACAUAGGUUAAAGGCGUGACGUCAAGAGGUUGAUCUGAUGUGACAAGUAUGGAAAUUAACUUCCUUGUUCAUUCUGAGAAUGCACACUGUAAGCACACUGUAAGCACACUGAGAGUCACUUUACCAAGUAAAAUUCCUUGUCUGUGCAAACUUACUUGGCCAAUAAAACUGAUUCUGAUUCUGAUUCUCAACGCAGAAAUCACUAACAUGAAUCUCACAGGAGCAGAACAUGUUAUUUAAGGGAUUCUAGAUGCAUCAAUUAUUCUUAUUCUUUUGAACUGUAAAUGAAACCAAUCAGUAACUACAUCACCAAAUUUGAAAAACUGCUGGAUAUAAUAAAUACAAUAGUUAUAACACAUUUAUUGGGAGACAUAUUUGAUACGUCUCACCAUGUGCCUUUCAGUGAACCCAGACAACCCUCAUGAGGCCAAGAUGCCUCAUGUCAAGUAGUGUAAAAAACAUGUUAAACCCCAUUUAAAAACCUGGAUGAUUUGUUUGACUCGUAAACAUUGAUAAAACAUCUCACAACAUUGUAUGAUUUAUUUUGACAGAUAAUUGAUUAACAUUUUGUGAUGAUUCUCGAUGUUUUGUGCUUAAUGUUUUGUCUCGUGCUGCUAAAAAUGAAAGGAUUUAUAAAUGUAUAUCAAUUAAACUUCUCUGCACUGCACAUAACUACUAAUUAAAGUGGCGUUCAACUAUUCAAAUGGA